AUGGCCAAGGCAAAGGGACGCGCGAAGCAAUUCGCCGAGUGGGCGGAGAAGCCAGUCAAGGAUUACGACCCAGAAGCCGAAGCGCCCGUCGACGAUGCAGCCAGCGACAGCGACGACAGCGUUGACGAGAACGUUGGCACUGAACAUUAUGUCGCCGUCGGCAAGAGCAAGCUGCGCCGCAAGGAUGCCGCAUCUCUUGGCCCGCAGUACCGUGGUGCGCGAGUGAGCCGCGACGCCCUAGACGGCUCCUCGUCCGACUCUUCUGACUACGAGGAUGCUCGUGAGGACUUUGACGACCCAGACAAGGCCGACCUCGAGCGCGAUCAGGAGGAGCAAGGCGACGAGGACGCCGAGAUUGAUAGCGACAAUGCCUUUGGCGAUAGCGACGACGAGAAGUUUGAGGGUUUCACGUUCCGCGGCAGCUCGCAGGCCCUACCUGUGCGAGGCAAGAAGGUCAAGCGGCCUACUGCUGCUGACUUCAUGGAUGAAGAGGCAGAGGAGUCGGAAGAUGAGGACGGCGCGCUCUUGCAAGACGAUGAGGAAGAGGGGUCAGAGGACGAGGACGAGGACGAAAUGGAUGGCUUCAUCGACGACGAAGAAGACUCUGACCUUGUCGACGAGGAGGACGGAUCUAUUGACGACGAUGAAGCAGAGGAGGCAGGUCUGAGUGGAGAGUCCGACGAAGACGAGGAUGAUGACGACGAGGAUGAGGCUCCCAUCAAGUCUAAAUCCAAAAAGAGUGAUUCGUCUGGGAGGGGAGAUUUGCGGUCAAUGAUGGCCGCCGGUACUUCAAGCGUGGCCGGCGCUGUUGCAAAUUCUAUCCAGAAGGACGUCGCCAAGGGAGUGGCGGUACGCCAGCAGAGGAAGGCAUUCGACGCCGCUCUCAAUAUCCGCAUCAGGUUACAAAAAGCACUGGUGGCGGUCAAUUCAUUUGGGGAAGCGGAUGACGCCACGGCUCCAACAGAACCCUAUGAAGCUGCUGAAGCAGCGGCCAUCAAGCUCCUGAACAGUAUCUCUGAUUUCCGCCUGGGGAUGCAACCCAAAGCUGGACAAAAGCGAAAGCGGGACCUCGAGCCGGCAUCAUCUAGUGAAGACAUCUGGGCUUCUAUGCAGGACAUGGAGCAUCCAGCAACAUUGCGUCGCAAAGCCGUCCUCGACAACUGGUCGAAAAAGGUCAAGGCAACACAAAUGGUCAACACUGGUACGGGGAAGGGCAACAAGCUUGGGAGAGCAGCGGAUGAGCUGUCGAAGACCCUAGAGUCUCAGAUGCAAGAUCCCGAGAGACUCAUCAAACGGACUCGAACCCCCCGCUCCUGUGCACCCAUACAGGUCUCGCAGAAGGUCAACGAGGACCCAGAGAUCUACGAUGACGCCGACUUCUACCAGCUUCUGCUCAAGGAACUGGUCGACCAGCGCACGACGGAUACCUCAGCUGGUAGCGGCUCGGCAGCAACUGUGCGGUACGCAGCCGUGAAGGAGGCCAAGAACAAGAAGCACGUCGAUACCAAGGCCAGCAAGGGCCGGAAGAUGCGCUUCAAUGUCCACGAGAAGUUGCAGAACUUCAUGGCACCAGAGGACCGCAGAGGCUGGGAACAGCACGCCAUUGACCGCUUCUUCGGCACCUUGUUCGGCCAGAAGAUGGUGCUGAACGAGGAGGAUGUGCCCGAUGAGGAGACGGAGGAGGUGAAUGCCGAGGAGGAGGGCCUGCGUUUGUUUAGAAACUAG